ACACUAUAUUCAUGUCAGAAUGAUUUCGACACUUGAAGACAACAAUAUCUGGUCAAAACCGACGUUGAGUGGAUUGCAGUUGCGAGGCCUGUGAAUUGGACCUCGGCACCACCAACCGCCCAGCCGUGACUUCAUGGCUCCCCAGAUUGCGACCCACCAGCCUCCUUCAGCUUCACCUCUGACCCUGCACCCACUGGAUAUCGAUUGCAGCGGUCACGAUGUACAGACAAGCGACGCAGAAAACAUCAGACGUCCUGUCCCUUCCACCAAGAUGGCUGGGGAUGUACUCCGAGUUCAUCACAAAGAAUUCCAGCGCGGUGUCGCAAAUCGAGUCGGCGCUGCGCUCCUUGACAUAUAUCAUUCCUGGUCGCUUUAGAGAGUCUGAGAUCGCGUCCGAGUCGCUGCAUAGCGGCGUCCAACUUCUUUCCCUAUACCAUGAUUCCCUACUGUCAAAGGCAAUGGCACGAUCGCCAGCGGCAUCGAAACACCAUCCUACACCUCACAACCGGUACACCAGGUUCUGGACGGAACGGUCGCCGACGUACAAACGACUCGCGCUGCUCAUUCAGAUGAUACAGCACACCGAACUGUUGUGGGAAAUGGUCGCGAAGAGGAAAGGUGAGAAGGCGCGGUGGAGGGUGGUGGUUCUCCUGGAAGUGAUCAAAGCCUUCUGUCGAUUGCUGCUGUUACGGUUGACGAACUCGAGGCCGCUCCUUUCCCCGCCACUGCCCCAAAGAGAGAUCGACCCAAGUACAUUGGAGGAAUCGACGGCAUCAGCAAACGGAAUGGACACCCCGCCGAGCGAGAGUUCCGUUGAUGCGGAGAAUUGGACUAUGCCGCGGACAGGGCUGUCGCUGCCGAGCCUCCCCAACUCGUCGGACAUUUCGAGCUAUCUCCUUUCCAAGGUCCUUACGGCGGACGAUAUCAAACCUCCAAAGGCAUUGCUUCACCGUGUAAGCGGCAAGGGAGAAUUGGCGGAAGUGCUUUACAUCCUCCGGCCAGUGAUAUACGCCCUCGCUAUGCAACAAUUCAGCGGAGACCGGAAGAGUUGGCGCCCCUGGUUGAUCGGAUUGAGCAUCGAAUAUGGUGCAAGACAGUUGGCAAAGAAGGAUUUCCAGGAGCGACUAGCUGGAGGUCUUAGGGGCCUUACGGGUCUUGAGAGGGAAGAGCUUAAGAAGCGUGGCUGGGCUCUCGGAUGGUGGAUGAUGCGUGGCGCUUUCUAUGAGAACAUUACCAAGGCUUGGAUACACGCAGUCACGCGGAAGCUUCGCAACAAGCCUCUCUUGGAUAUCAUUGGCGGUGUCAUUGAAGACUACGAGUUUCUCUGGGACCAAUACUACUUCCCCACGGCGACCAUGUAAAAUCCAUUUCCCUUUGUUUGAUACCUAAUCUCUCGAUGGUCUGACGGGGUCGGGUCUGGGUGGGGCAAAGCCUCACAUAGAAUUGGGAUGGGAUAAGCUUCGUAUAUUGGUUAGUAGGGGAUACCCAUCUAGGAGCGACAUUUGGUUUCAGUUUGUCGGUGGACUGGUUGUGCUAUUGAGCUUGGGAGGGAUAUUGUAUACCUAGCUUGUUGUUUUGGAGUUGGAUUGGCAAUGAACAGAGAUGUUCUACUGGGACUUCCGAUCUUAUAUCAUUUUUCUAACGGGAAUCAUUUCUGAUCUUG